AUGUCGUCGUCCAUCGUCGGGCUCCUCGUCGCGCUCGCAGGCGGUGGAUUGGGAAGCGCCUCGGCCGCAGCGGCGGUGGCCCAGUCGCCCGUCACGAGCGCCGGCGCCGACAUCAAGUGGCAUGCGCCCUCACAGACGAGCGUCAGCAACCUGACGGAGGCGCUCCACGGCAGCGGCGUCUUUGGCUUCAUCUUCAACUCGUCCGCCACCCCCGACGACGAGUACGGAAUCUACAACUGGUGCAACAUGCCUCACGUGAGGCGUUCCGAGUACCUUCAACCGAAGCCCGAGUUUGAACUACGAUUCGUCGAGCUGAUACACAGGCAUCACAAGCGCACCCCCUACGCAUCCAACGCUUUCCCCGUCGAGCCCUAUCCCUGGGACUGCCAUGACGCUCGAGUCUUCCACUACGGCCAGCCCGCAGGCCGACCCGAGCCUGCCAGAGUCUACCACGAGGCUUCCAUGUCCCCUGUAAACCCCUUUCGGCCUUCGGGCUGGACUGGCUCCUGUGCCUUUCCGCAAAUCACCGCCCAAGGCCUGCUCGACUCCUGGCAGCACGGCGUCGACCUUUACCACGUCUAUCAUGGCCUGCUUGGCCUGCUACCCGCCAGGGAUGCCGACUUCAGGUCUGCGGUCCGAUACCGCGUCACCAACAACGUCAUCACCAGCCAGGUCGCUGGCAUGGUCAUCAGCGGCAUGUGGCAAACCACGGACCCGUUUCCCCUUAUUGUCCAGCCCGAAGGCGUAGAUAGCCUAGAGCCGCAAUACAACUGUCGCGCCGCAAGCAGUUGGUUCAAUGCCAUCAAGUCCGGGAGCAACCCGCAGUGGCAGCAGCAUCUCGAAGCGUCCGCCGACCUGUUCCGCACUCUCGAUGACAUUUCGGGAGUUCGUCCCAAUGACACCGGAUUCCACGCCUCCUUCGAUCACUACUACGACAACCUCUCAGCACGGCAAUGCCACGCCAAGCCGCUACCCUGCCGACUGGUUGGUGGCUUCAACAGCUCCACCUGUGUCACCCAGGGGCUGGCCGACGCCGUUUACCGCAUGGGUAAUUGGGAGUACGGCCAUAUCUACCGCCAUCACCCUGCGUCUCUCGCGGCGAGCGCCGCGUCCUUGGGCGUCUGGGUCGGCGAGCUGACGACCCACCUGCGUGACUUCAUGGCCGGAUCCACCGACGUUGUCUAUUACCACAACGUGGCCCAUGACGGUUCCUUGUCGAGGCUGCUCUCAAUCUUGCAGCUCGAUGAAAUGGUCUGGCCAGGCAUGGGCGCCGAGGUCGUGUUCGAGCUGUACAAGCGCAGGGCCGGCCAGAAACUGCAGCAGUCUCAACCAACGAGCAACUACUACUUGCGCGUGCUCUUCGGCGGCCGGCCGCUCAAGUCAUCCAAUCCAACACUGGGGUCCAUGGACAUGACGCCGAUAGAAACAGUGCUGGAAUACUUGGAUGGCCUAGUUGGCACGGGGGCCGAUAUGGUGAAAUCUUGGUGCCAAGAGUAG